AUGGAAGAGCUGCCUCUAUCAAUGUUGACGAAAAAAUUAACAACGUUAUUGGCUCUGUUAACUGCACAGCGUUGCCAAACUUUAUCUAGUUUAGACCUAGAUUUCAUGCAAGAAAUUGAUAAUGAAAUUAUUUUUACAAUACGCGAGAAACUAAAAACCACAAAGGCGGGAAAACAUCUCCCGCCUAUCAAGUUUUUAAGCUACCCUGAAGACAUCCGUCUCUGCCCUGUGGCACAUAUCAAAUUCUAUAUUGGUAAAACUAAGCCUAUGAGAUCUCAAUCUAAAUUGCUACUAAGCUACGUCAAACCGUUUAAACCAGUGACAAAUUCCACAAUUGGUAGAUGGGUCAAAUGUUUCCUCCAAGAUUCAGGCAUCGACAUAAAAAAUUUUUCAGCUCAUAGCAGCAGAACGGCGUCUUCGUCUUACGGAUUUUUAUCUGGUUUGCCGCUUAACGACGUCCUCAAAGCUGGUGGUUGGACGAAUGCCGGAACAUUUGCCAAACAUUAUAAUAAACCAAUUGGUUCUAAUUUUGGUAACAGUCUACUUAAUCACUUUAAUAACUCAGACAACAGUCGAGGAUGA